ACACAACUUCGAUGAUCCUGAAUUUCUCAAAGAACUUCUUAAAUGUGGCACUAUAAUUUAUUGUGUACAUGAAAACUUAGAUCAACUAAUUGAAGCAGCUUGGCUUUUGAAUAACAUAAUCAAUUUCAUCGAUGAAAGUAAAGCUAAUUGUAAUAGAAACCCUAAAUUUGACGAAUUGCCAAAAUUUGUUCUUGUGUCAAGUUUUAUGACCUGGGCGCUCACUAAACCUCUUAGCAUGGACGAAGAACUCCCUUUCAUUGAAAGUGAUUAUAGAAUAAGAGUUCCUCACCCUAAUUAUCAACUGUUAUUUGAAUUGGAGGAACAAAUCGUGAAAGCACAACUUGAGCAAAAAAUAAAAUCAGCAGUAGUUGUAAGUGGUGUACCUUAUGGUUACGAAGAAAAUGAGUUGUAUCCCAUCUUUGAAAAGGCUUACUGCUACACACAUGUACCAAUAUAUUCACAAGAAAACAACAUUAUACCCAUAGUUCAUGUAGAUAAUCUUGCACAAAUUAUAAAGACCACAAUAAAGCACAUAGGUCAUGUAAAAAUUCCCUUUGUAUUUGCCAAGGAUCCAGUUCAAAGUAACAUGAUAUAUAUUUCCAAAGCUAUUAGUUCAAGCUUAGGAACAGGAAUUUGUGAAUUUCAUUCAAAAGAGUUUGCGAUUAUUGAUGAUAUGGUCUCACAAGAACUAUUUGACAAAGUUACAAGCAAGGUCUAUUUGGAGUCAUGUUAUCCUCUCUUUAGAGAAGAAGAUAUACCAUGGAAUUACAAAUCUGGUUUUACAGCAAACAUAAACCACAUAGUGAAGGAAUUUGUUGAGGCUAAACAUCACAAACCAUUGCGAUUGAUAUUCUAUAACGUUUCAGAUAGCGGCGAAUUGAAAAAUGCUGUCCAAGGGAUUAGUAAUUAUUACAAAAUUCCAUUCAUAAACGUUCAACACGAAAUAUCAAAAUAUGCUGAAGACAUUCUUAAUAAACAAGCGAUGAUUGAGGGAAAUAACUUACUCGGCUCACCAGAAAUGCAAAAUAUACAUAAUUUGAAAAGUUCCAACCUAACUCCAGGUUUAGUAUUGUGUGAUGUUGAGAAAUGCAAGGAAGACGUGGAACCAAUAAUUAAUGCAAUAAAAAAUUAUACUUCUAAUGGUGCAACUCUUUCAAAGUUAUCAGAUAAUGUAAAUAUUAUGGCAAGAUUAUUAAAAAGAAACCCUUACAUUUACCAAGGCUAUAUCCUUAAUGAAUAUCCACAGAAUCCAGAAGAAGCUAAUAUUAUAUUUUAUCAAAAUAAUGGAGAAACUUCUAAUUCUGAUGAAAUCACAAACAUUCAAAACAGUCCCGACUUGGUAAUAUUUUAUAAUAAACAAACAAGUUUCCAAAAAUUAGAUAUGCUUAGCCAGCAAACAGGAUCCGAAAAAAAUAGCCAUAGGGUUUCAGUGGUUUCAACACACCACGAGCAAGAUUUAAAAAUGAGCACUUCAACCAACCUUUCUGAUGCUGUAUCAAAAAGCUUAAAAGGAGAACCUUUUGUAGACACACAAGUGAGAACUGAACUUCAUACUAAUGAAACUGUUAAUACAAUGGAGUCAUUCUUUUUGAAAUUAGGUGAAAAAUGCAAGGUAACCACAGUAGAUUUUACUGAUCGAGACACUGAAGAUGAUGUGUUUUAUAAAACGUUGUGCGUUAUUAAAAAAUAUUGCUAUCUUAGAGAUCCAGAAACUGUUGUUCCAUCAAGUACAAGUGAAAGUUUCCAAUGUGUGGAAACGAUUUCAGAUAUGGAAUACCCAAUGAAAACAAAUUACCAGGUUUCUAAAUCAAAACCCGAGGUCGCAAAUAGGAUAAAAGAUGAAGUAACGGAACUUGAACAGAAUGAAGUUGAAGAGAUUACUUUGGCAAUAAGAAGCUAUCCAUUGAUAAGCUACUUAGUCAAUAAUAUUUUCCCCACCUUGACAAAUGGUAUUUUCAAAGUUGCUGUUCAAAUUCCUCAAGAUCCCAUAGACUUUUUAGCGGAAUAUAUCUUCAAAAAUAAUCCUCAGGGUUACAUGAUUACUAUUCCUCAGAAAAAGUUAAAUCUGGAUGACAAUAAUUUUCUGAGGCAUAAAAAGAACGACGUUCCUAAAAUUGAUUCUAAGGCAUGUUUAGCUUAG